GGGUUUUGUAGUUCGAGUAUGCGCUCCCGGGAUAGGCCGCUGCGGAGAGGGAGAGGCGGGGCCGGCUGUGUCACGUGCGCCCUGCUCCCGCCGCUGCCGCUGCCGCCGCCGCCGUCGUCUUUCUCUGUCUCGUCUGAGGCAGCCAUCUUGCUCUUGCCGCGUGCUGGUGUUGGAGGACCCUCCCUGCUUCAGAUUUACCAACAGCAUGAAUCAAGAAAAGUUAGCCAAACUUCAGGCUCAGGUCCGGAUAGGGGGCAAGGGUACAGCUCGCAGAAAGAAGAAGGUGGUACAUAGAACAGCUACAGCUGAUGACAAGAAGCUUCAGAGUUCUCUUAAAAAACUGGCUGUGAAUAACAUAGCUGGCAUUGAAGAGGUGAACAUGAUUAAAGAUGAUGGGACAGUUAUUCAUUUCAACAAUCCCAAAGUCCAAGCUUCCCUGUCUGCUAACACCUUUGCAAUUACCGGUCAUGCAGAGGCUAAACCAAUCACAGAAAUGCUUCCCGGAAUAUUAAGUCAGCUUGGUGCUGACAGCUUAACAAGCCUUAGAAAGUUAGCUGAACAGUUCCCACGGCAAGUCUUGGAUAGCAAAGCACCAAAACCAGAAGACAUUGAUGAGGAGGACGAUGACGUUCCAGAUCUUGUAGAAAAUUUUGAUGAGGCAUCAAAGAAUGAAGCUAACUAAAAUUUUUUUUCUGGUUUUUGGAAGCUGGCAUGGACUAGAUUUAACAAAUCAGCUAUGUGGUUCCAAAGUUUUACAGACACGGAGAACAUCACCUGUUACUAGUUCAGUAAUAUAAAUAUUUUGUAUAUUAAUAAUGCUGUUUGUUCAGCAUUUUUCGGUCAUUUGAUUUUGCAUUUUGCACUUCCUCCCAGGAUCUAUUCUUUUGGUCAAAAUAUGAAGUAUUGGUGCAGUUUGAGGGUGUUUUGGUUUUUGAUUCUUGGGUUUUUUGUUUUUUGUUGGGGUAUUUUUGGUUUAUGUAUGUGUAUGUAUGCGUGUAGGUAUGUAUGUAUACAGUGGAGAGCAAAUUGGAAAACAGUUCUAUUUAUCCUCCUCCUUCCCCCAGUGGAAAUAAAACAAAUCUUUACA